AUGAAGAAGUUGCCCGGGAGUCUCCGCCGCCGCCGAGGCGCCGACUCCGAGCCACCGGCGCCGCCACCGAAGAUCGAUAUAGCCCACCCUGCGAAUAUGCUGUCCGCCACAAGGGACUGGUCUGCACUGCCCCUGGACGUCCUCGUGUCGAUUUUCACUAACGUUGGUGCCGUCGAUGUCCUCACGGGCACAAGCCUCGUGUGCCACUCGUGGCUCGAGGCGGCCAAGGUGCCUGAUCUGUGGCGAUCUGUCGACAUGGCAAACCACAAUGUGGAAAAGGUGGACGAAGAUGACCUGCGCGCACUGGCGAAGGUCGCUGUGGACCGUUCCAAGGGCCAGCUGGAGGUGUUCUUGGGGAAGCUUUUCGUCACUGAUGGGCUUCUCAUGUAUAUAGCGGACAGGUCAGCAUCUCUGAAGAGCCUUAGCCUCAUAUCAUGCCAUGAUGUCACGAACAAAGGAUUCAGCUAUUUGAUUGCAAAGUCCCCUCUCUUAGAGAAUCUAUCGCUUGAGCUCUGUCCGAGAAUCGGCGGUCGUGGCAUCUAUGAGGCCACAGGCAAAGCAUGCCCCCAACUGAAGCGUUUCAGGUUGCACAGGGAACUCUUUAGGUUCUCUUUCAACUACCCUAGGCGCUACCAAGAAGAGCGGGGGUUAGAGGUGAUGCACGAACUCCGAAGCCUCAGCCUCAUUGGCACUACCGUCAGCAACAGCGGACUGGAAGCCAUCCUUGACAGCUGCCCGCACCUGGAGACUCUCUUCCUUCGCGACUGCUACCUUGUUGUUCCUGACAGUGCCCUGCGGGCCAAGUGUGCCAGGCUCAAGACGGUCACAUUUCUCAAGUAUAAGUGGGUCUUGGAGAACAAUGGGGGCUGCUCGCGAAGGGUUCUACGGCAGUACGAAUGA